GGUGCAGACAUUCUUUGCUGUCUACUACGCCAAGAACAUCAUCAUCAUGCCCCCAAGUGGUAAAGCCGUUAAGAAAGCUGGCAAGGCCAGGCCCGCCGGAGACAAGAAGCGCGGAAGGAGGAGAAAGAGAAGGGAAACCUUCGGCGUUUACAUCUACAAGGUGUUGAAACAGGUGCACCCCGACACAGGCGUCUCCAGCAAGGCAAUGGGCAUCAUGAAUUCUUUCGUCAACGACAUUUUUGAGCGCAUCGCCGCCGAGGCCUCUCGUCUGGCUAACUACAACAAGCGCUCCACUAUCAGCAGCCGCGAGAUCCAGACCGCCGUGCGACUCCUGCUGCCGGGCGAGCUAGCCAAGCACGCCGUCAGCGAGGGCACUAAGGCCGUCACCAAGUAUACAAGUUCCAAGUGAAUCUACCGACAGAGCUAGAGUUAACCCCGGCCUUUUACAAGGCCACCCACAUCCCAAAAAAAGAGAUAUGUAGAAAUCACACUUCUCAGUCAAAGAACCACCCGACACAAGUACACGCCACUGUAUAUUUCAUUGUGAUCUAUCGCAGUUGCCUAAAAUCCAUCCAUCAACACUCUCUCGCAGAACAGGAGCUGCCACGUCCAGGCGAACAAUAUCAAAGAAAAUGAAAGUGUCUUCUGACGUAGUAAAAGUAUGCACACGUUCUUUUAGUAAAACAGAACAUUUGUCCUCUGGAACAAAUGUCGUCGCAUUUGACGACCUUUGGGCGUUUUUUAGAACAACGAAACGGCGUUUACGUCGUCGGUGGGCAUUCCUUUCAUGACAAGUGCCUUCAACACAGACAGAUGAUAUCUAGAAUGUGUAGUCCAACUUCUGGGCGCUAGAAUAAACAAAGAAUAAACAAACAAAUAAACAAACAAUUAUUUCUCUUGGUGCGAGUACCAGAAAUUUUAUUGACUAACACGAAACAUAACAAAUGGUUGAAACCUCGAAAGAAGAUCAUUGCACGGAUUGUUACGUCUGACAUAUACCAUCUUCCCACUUAUUAACAUAUUUUACCAAACUUGAAAUAUCCUAACCCACAAUCAAUUACAUUUUUUUGACACGCCGCUAAUUUAUUAUCUGCAAAAGAGAAAUUAAUUACAAUAAAAGUUUUAGCUGUCUGGUCUGGUGUAGUUCUUAAUAUGUUAAAAGAACGUGAUCCGCGA